UUUUAAAGGCAGUGCUUUAAUGCCUUUCUAGUUGCCGGGUUAAUCCUUCCUUCCGCGAUAUCCAACUUAUCUACGUGGGGGGUCAUUAGACUCCAAGUAGAUCCGGAAAUGUUGAAUUCUCUCCUCUUCUUAUUGCGAUAUAAAAUGUUUUUUGUUUCAUUUCAUUUACAUUGGGAAAUAGAGAAACGAUCAUUUUGUUUUGUUAGUUUUAAAAACUUUUGAUAUAUUAGUAUUUUGCAUUAUAAGCAGUCAACCGAUUGACAAACUAGAAUUAUUUGAAUUCCGUGUGGAAAGAGCUCGGGUUAAUUUCGAGUGUUAUCUGCAAUCUAGAUGUUUAUAAAUCAUUUCAGUCGUUGAUAUAAUAAUUAAAGGUCGACUGAACAUGAAUUAUAUUAUACAAUUUAAAGCGCAUUUCUGUUUAUGCACGUGAACCCGUCUAACGUUAUUUUCGCAGUUAUAUAAAGUAGCAAAUUAUCGUUCCUUAAUAGGUGGCGCCGUGGUAGCGGAUCCUGUUCCUCUACUUCCGGUUUCUGCACUGUGCAACUAUUUCAGUUAUAUUUUUAAUUAACGAUGCCAAGUACUUGUUGUUGUGUACCUGGAUGUCAUUUAAGAGGAGGACAUGCAUUUCCAAAUGACUUAAAAAGAAGGAAAAGUUGGAUCAACGCCAUGGCCCAUACGCAGAUUGGACGAGAACACGAUGAUAUCGUGGAGUCCAUCUCAAUCAGCUGUUGUUUGCAAGGCACGUUUUACUGAAAAAGACUACGUGCAGGAAACUAUUCAUGGGCGCAAACCCACCAUACAGAGACUUAAGUCUACUGCAAUUCCCAGCCUAUUUUCCUGGACCAAGCAAGAGACUGAAUCGUCCGCAAAAAGAAAAAUCAGGGCAGUUUCCUGUGAAAACAAAAGAACUAAACUUGAUGAAGAUUGUAGUAGAAAUCUAGAGGAAAGUUUUGAUUGUAAAGUUGGUUUUCCUGAAGAAGUCAUUCAUACUGCAGAAAGGAUUUAUGACUGUCCACCACCAACUGCCGAGCUAAUGUUGAGCUUCACAGAUGGAAUUACGCAAACACCAUCAAUGCCUAUGUUUUCAGCAGAGAAUUUGGAAAUGAAGACACGUGACACAGCCAUGCAUUUUUAUACCGGUUUAGAGUUGUAUACUAAAUUUUUAUUUGUUUUGACCACACUUGGUCCAGCAGCACAUUGUUUGAGAUACAUAUAUUUUCAAAUUGAUAGGGUGUCAGUUGAAAAUCAGUUUUUUUAUGACUUUGAUGAAAUUGAGGCAUCAUACAACCAACUUUGAACUGUCUAGAUUCUAGAUUGAAUCUAGUGUUAAGAAUAUUGUGUAUACAUGGAUUGUUUUUAUGUCUAAACAGUGGUGUGAGGCUAACACUUGGCCAUCUUGUGGUUUAGUCAGGUAUUUUUCACCAUCCAACUUCAAAUUAAAGUUUCCUACGACUUGGAUUAUUAUUGACAGCACAGAAUAUCCCGUGAUAAAACCUAAAGUUCCUAGAGCUCAGGCAACCUUUUCAUCAAAUAAAAACAGAAACACUGAAAAUUCUUGAAUGUUCGACACCUGGUGGUUUAGUAAACUAUGUCUCUAUGUCACAUAGAGCGAAUUAUUGGACUUGGCAAAACAUACAAAAUUCUAAUAAAUCCUAUGAAUGGAACUGAAACAAAACUUUCAUCUGAAAUAACAUUUAGUUGUUUUAUGUUGUGUAAUUUUAGAACUUGUAUAUAUAUUGUGCCAAAGGAUGCAUAAAUAAAAGUGACGCAAUGAA